GCAGGAGACACAGAAGGAAAAAGGAGCACAGCAUGUUAGAGAAGGAGGGAGAGGUGGGGAGGUAGAGGUACAGAGAGAUGCAGUACCAGAGCGUGUGUGUCUUCGAGGCUGACAGUAGCGCAACUCUACAUCCUCUCAUCAGGGACCGCAAUGUGUUAUGGAGCUACGAUGCACAGAUUCUCUGCAGUAGCAGGGAAUGCAGAUAGAAGUUCACCUUGAGCUGGGAACAGUGCCACUCCGGACCUCUGGGAUUACAAGAAAUGCUCACUGAUCCCAAGAACAACAGAGAUUUUAAUUGGAUCUGACACCCUGCCAAACCAAAAGUGGCUCCAGAAUCUUUAACUUUUGGAUUAUAGUCAGAUUUAUACCAGAACAUCUGACAGACAGUCUCUAAAACUGUCAAAUCCAGGGCCAGAAAUCAAACAGGUACUCUGUUUUGGCAGAAACUUGCCAGCUGUCUCCAACCCUGACAGCAUACAAAACCAAUAUUGUGGGAACCAUCGCUCACACUGGAUUCCCGCAAAGCCACGGCUAAGCAGGUCCUACAGCCUAGGGACCCUGGAGCCAGCCUGACCUUGGACCGGCUGUCACCUGAACCCUUGCUGGCACCAGCUGAAACGUCCGGGAUGUCUCAGACUGGAGGACGCUUCCACAACAAAAAGGCUGGCAUUCGGGCCGCCGUGAUCUUGAUUGGACUCCUACACAAGUCUCGCAAAGCCAAGGAGAAGGAGAGGGAGAAAGAGGAGAGUGAAGGGAAACAGGAGCUGCUGAACAUUUCCAACGUCCCUCUGGGAGAAUGUCCGCCCUCACCGCCCCGCACUGCACCGCCCAGCAUGAAGUCUGCAGAGUUCUUCGAUAUGCUGGAGAGAAUGCAGGUCCCUAAAGCUGAAGAGACCAAAAAAUGGAAGGAUGACUAUAUCCCCUACCCACGGAUAGAAGAUGUCCUGGAGAAAGGCGGUCCAUACCCACAGGUAAUCCUGCCACAGUUUGGGGGUUACUGGAUUGAGGAUGUGGAAGCACCAGCAGGGACCCCCUCCUCCUCAGAGUCCAGUUUCUGUGAGGAGGAGGAUGGAGGAGAGGGCAUGAGCCCGGGUGGGGGACACAGCUACCGCUUGGAGUGUAACAGCACAGCCCGCGCCUACCGCAAACACUUCCUAGGCAAGGAACACAUGAACUAUUACUGCACUGGCAGCAGCAUAGGCAACCUCAUUAUGUCUCUGAAACAUGAGGAAGCUGAAGGACAAGAGUACCUACGCAUCAUGCUCAGGUCAAGGAUCAAAACCGUCCAUGACAGGAUCUCUUUAGCAGGCAUCAGCCAGCUGCCUAGUGUACCCCAGAUUGCCAAGCUUCUAUGUGACGAUGCCACAGGGCUGAAGUUCAAUCCGGUCCUGUAUCCUCGGGGAUCCCAGCUGAUAGUGGCAUAUGAUGAGCAUGAGGUGAACAACACUUUCAAAUUUGGCGUCAUCUACCAGAAGUUUGGACAGACAUCAGAGGAAGAGUUGUUUGGGAACAAUGAGGAGACGCCAGCUUUCAAGGAGUUUCUCAGUAUCCUGGGCGACAACAUUGAACUCCAGGACUUUAAAGGGUUCCGCGGUGGGCUGGAUGUGUCCCAUGGACAAACAGGGUCUGAAUCUGUCUUCACUGUCUUCAGACGGAGAGAGAUUAUGUUCCAUGUGUCAACCAAGCUUCCCUUCACUGAGGGAGACGUCCAGCAGCUCCAGAGAAAAAGGCACAUAGGAAAUGACAUCGUGGCUGCAGUCUUCCAAGAAGAGGCCACACCAUUUGUUCCAGACAUGAUCGCAUCCAACUUCCUGCAUGCUUAUGUGCUGGUGCAGGUUGAGAACCCCUGUACAGAACACACAACAUACAAGGUGUCUGUUACAGCGAGGGAGGAUGUGCCUCCGUUUGGACCUCCGCUCCCGAACCCAGCUGUCUUUAGCAAGGGUCCUGAGUUUCGAGACUUCCUGCUGACAAAGCUGAUCAAUGCUGAAAACGCAUGCUACAAAUCCGACAAAUUCGCCAAACUGGAGGGGAGAACACGAGCUGCGCUGCUUGACAACCUCCACGACGAGCUGCACAGACAGAGCCAGGCAGCACUGGGUCUGGGCCAGGCUGGAGAGGAGGAUAAGCUGGAGAAUGGGGGACACGGGGGUCUCCUAGAAUCCUUCAAGAGAGCCAUGCGUGUCAGGAGCCACUCCAUGGAGACCAUGGUGGGAUCUCAUCGUCACAGGAGCCCCGGGGUAGGAGGUGGGGUCCCGGCCAGUGUAAGUGGAGGAGUAUUGCCGCAGAGCACCAGCGAAUGCACAAAGAGCACCUUCACUCCUCCUGGGUUGUCAGCCAAGUCUCCUCUGAAGAGUCCAGUGAAACGGCGAUCGGGCCUCUUCCCUCGUCUCCACUCCAGCACAGACACACCGACGGACAAACACACACGCAGUGACCAAAAGCCUGCAGAGAGCUGCCCGCUGUCACAGGAAGUCAGGUCUGAGACAUCAUCCAAUCCCAGCUCACCUGAGAUUUGUCCCAACAAAGAGAGGCCGUUUAUCAAGCUGAAAGAGUGCAGCAGCGGCAGACCAAACAUUUCCCGUUCUUCAUCCAGCACCAGCAGCUUCAGCAGCACCACAGGAGAAACAGAAGCUCUGGAAGAACUGGAGACAGCCAGCCAUCCAUCUAUAGCGUCCUCCUCUGCUUUUAGUCCUGCCCUUAGUGUCGACAGCCAGGGAUCAGGUACCCCUGUCAUCAUGUGCCGCAGUCCAACAGCAGAAGGGAGAAGUAAGACGUCACCCAGGUCAAACUUGAAAUUCCGUUUUGACAAAAUGAGCCACUCGUCCACAGCUUCGGAGUAGCUUUGUGGAAUGGAAAUAACAGACUUGCACAAUAAAGGGACUGCGCAGGCUGAUGGAGCUACAAGAGAAACCAUGACAACAACAACAACAACAACAACAACAACCACAAAAUCACUGUAGAAUCAUUUCCCUAAAGCCAAGGAUAAUCUGACAGGAUUACCAACUGCUCCAGAGUCCCCACACACUAUAAACUAACUGACAAUACUGUGAGUGUAUAGUGAGGAGAAGCAGCUGACAUGUUGGCUUUCUUUUUAACCAGCCUUUAGCUACGUAAAUAAGUCCAUACUUUGCCAAUGUUACAAGUUGCUGCAUCUCAGUUGUUAAUUGUUCACAUCACAUUAAAGUCCUAGCAUGGCUGUAAUACUGUGAGUGUAGGCCGAGCUAGACUCCGCCACAGCUUUUUCCUCGAGCAUAUUGUUUAAGAGAUAGACACAGUGAUCUAGGUGAAUGGUAACAUGAGACUAUGGCUGAACUGUUACUCCUUAUAUAGCUGACUGCUGAGUGCUCAGUGGAAAGGAUGUCAAAGAAUUAUCAGACACCCGGAUGUUUCCUUUUGCCUUUUCCCUUGAAUGGUACGUCUGGGAUCAGUUCCUCUUUUGCCUAAAAAAAAAAGUAUGCAGACACACACAUGCACAGAAACAUAUUGGAGUUUCGGUUCUCCACUGUUAAGGCGUGAACUCGUUCAUGGCACAUAAAAAUGCUUUUCUAGGGAACAUCUUUGAUUUUGGAGAUGCUUUCGUAACUUUGCUAGCUGAUCCUUUAUGUCUGCUGCACUAUAAACACGAAGAAACUGAAUUCAUUGCUGAAAUUCAGUCGACACCUAUGACAGCAUUUCUGUAUCCGUGAGGGUAACUUCAAAUCCCUGAACUCAAGUGCUUGGCUUGCGGAAAUUAGCUCAAAUAGGGCACAGUAGGAGACACUGCCAACACAUUUCGCCAUAAGCUUAUUUUAGCCAAAGCUGCGCCUUACAAUCUAUCAAAAGCCCUGUUCACCACUGAUGCGCACUCUCUCUCUCUCACUCUGUGUCUCUCUCACUCUGUCUUUCUCACUAUGUGAGAAGAUGAAAAAACAUCUGGGUCUGGUUACAGCACAGUUGUGGGUAACCAAUCAACACCCACAUUUGCUGAAAAUAGAUAUUGCACUUACUAAACAUUUCACCUUCUGAUACCUCCCCAUUGAAGCUUGCAAGCUUGGUGUAUCCGUGUUCAUGUUAAGUGGACGUUUUUGACUGGAAAGUCUCUGGGGUUUUAACUUUCCACACAUGUGAGCUGAUGAAGAUGACUUGAAAAAGAUACUUCAGGUUAAAUGAACCUUUGAACCACCUUUGGCAAAAACACUUUGAAUGUGAGCUUUUUUUUUUUUUUGGUCGUUUGUUUGUUUUUUGUAUUUUUGAUUUCAUGCUUUGUUAGUCGUUAUUACGAAAUCUUUUAGAAGUAAAUUGCAAAACCAGUUGCUUACAAGCACAACAGGACGAUAGGUCUACUCUACUCAACUAUACCAUAGCAUUAGCCUGGAACUGCACAAACUAGAAGAAAAGUGGGAGUGUGCUAAUCAAGAAAAAGCUUAAAGACACACAGAUGUGUUUGUACGAGAGGCUGUUAGGGACAUUAUUCAGAUUUACCACAUAUAUACAUGUACGUUUCCUAGGAAACCAAACUCAUUUUCAUACUGGAGCUCGCUGGAUGGUGUCUAAGGGCUGGAGAGCCACUGUUAGCAGUUUUGGGGUCAGGUUUUAAAGGGCUGAGAUCCCUGCCUGGACCCACUGGAACAUGCUGGUGACCAGUGAUGGGAUUUGGGUUAGGCUCAGACAGGCUGCUGGAGAUAUUUUUUGAAGUGAAUGCAAUAUGCUUCUAUAGUUUUCAUUAUAGUGUGCGAAUGAGUUUAGUGUAUGAGAGAGGAAAAGUAUAUAUAUUUGCAUGGUAAUUAUGAAUUAUGUCCCUAAUGGCCUCUCAUAUAUAUAUUUCCUACAGUAUGUGACCAAACAACCAAGCUAGUAGGUCUUUGGAGGAAUGUCUAUGUACUCUUGCUGUUUAGAAAACCAUUCCUGUUGCUAAGAAGACAGCUUAAUAGUGUGUGAAGUUAUGUCACAUGAAAGUCAAACCCAGAGCGUUUAAAACAGUUCGUCCAAAUGACAAACGUCUCAUUUGUAAUUUAGGUGACUUUUUGACUUGCCAGGAAGCUGUUGAGUUGCUUGAGAUGUCUGUCUCUGACUAGAAGCUGGUGUGUGCUGAGUUAUUGUAGAUCAGUGAUUACCUCGAGCAAGGGAAGCAGAGACAGAAACUAUACAAAAGCGUGACGUUCAGAUGUCAUUUAGUUUGUAGCAGGUAUCGCCUAAAUGCCCUGCAGCCUUUUCUCUGUUAAUAUGCUUAAUUUAUUAAAAUGAUCUUCUUUUGCAUUGAUGUCAUGUAAAAAUGUAACUGCAGAGUACGCUAAUUAAUAAGAUAAAAUGAUUAAAGGAAAUAUAUAUUAAUUUAAAAGAUGUCUAAACAUGUAUAUGUAUAUUUGGUUAUGUAACGUGCCAUUGAGAAUUUAUUCUAAAAUAAAAUGUUGUAUUUUGUGU